AUGGACCGAAAUUCUUUGAGGCGUACGAGCGAGAAACCCUUUUCGCCUUCGAAUGCCAGAAUAAAUAAACAUUUUAUGAGUGGUCAACCAAUUCGUUCUACAGGUAUCUCUGAACGUAAAAAUGAUCUGGGUUCUUUGAAUAAAAAUACAUUAAGACAAUUUUCACGUGGUAGUACACCUACUCAUCGACAAAGGACCACAUCUCGAAGUAGUGGUUCUUGCUCAGUAGUGACAUUGGAGGAAACUAUCGCGGAUGUAAUGGGAAUACGAAUGCAAUCUUUGGCUGAUUUAGGAGCUCGAAUAGAAGAGCUUUCAGCUUUGCAUCGACAGGAAGAAGAAGCCUUUCGAAACCAAGUGGGAGGUGUUCUUCAACAAUUAGAGGUGGCACGUGUAACUCAUAUGGAUGUAGAACAUGAUUAUGAAGCAUUAUUAAAGAAGGAACGAGCAGAGCGACAAGCUGUAAUGUCACUUAUGCAACAGUUUAAAAACCAAGGUGCCGAAUUAAUUAAUACAAUGAAGAAAUCCUUACAAGAGGCUAGAGAAAAAUGGAAAGCAGAAGUAGAGCGUAAUGCACAUUUGGCGGCUCAGUUAAGACAUUAUUCAAAAGAGAAUACAUCAUUAGAUUCCUUUAAGGGAGACAAUACCAUUGAAUCAGUUUCAGAUUCUAAAAAUAAAGCACUUUAUACUAAAAUUGAGACCUUAACACGACUUCUUGAAGAGGAAGAUGCUAUAAUAGUUGAAUUACAACAACGCAACAAGAGUCUUGAAAAAAAGGUAGCAGUGCUUACUCAGCAACGGAACCGUCUCUUGGAUUUGGAGGCUCAACAUUUGGAAACUGAAGAGUUUAAUACAGAGUAUAACAACUUGCUGAACCAGGUUCGUAGAUCUGAGUCGAAUGAAAAUGAAAUGACUCUUGAAGAAAAAGUAAAUGUUUUGACACGAUUUACGAAAAUGCUUUUGCAACGUUUGCAAGCAGAACAAAGACAACGUUUACGUGUUGAAGAACAAACAGUUCGAAUGGCUUCAGAACACGAUCAAUUAGUACGUGUAUUAGAAUCACGAAUCAAGUCUGUUGAAGGAAAUAAAUCUGUUCAGGUAAAUUCAUAUUAUCAGAAUGAGUUAUAUAAUGGUAGGGAAGAAAAUUCUGACAGUGUAUUGAGAGAUGAAGUGAAUAUUUCUUUAGUUAACAAUAGCACAAUCGUUGAAGAAGAGAACCAAACAACAGAGAAAGAAAGGGUAGGAAAAGAACCGGAAUGUGAUAAUAAUGGCUACACAAUUUCCCCUAAUUCUAUCACAAAAAACAAUAACAUAUUACAUCCCGAUCAAAAUAAAACUAAUAAAUCUACUGGGGAUUCUGUACAUGCCGUAUUAGAGGCUCAGUUGACAUCUCUAACGAGUGAAUUUCAGCAAUCUAUAUCACAAUGGAAUACCUUGACAACAAAUGCAGGUAAGGGACUUCGUGAAAAAGACUUUUACCCUGAUUGA